CAAAGCCAUAUCGCGACGCCUUGACGACAGACCUACGCCAACGAGUGCCUAUUCGUGCACGUGGACUUUUUGUUUUUAUAAAUUCCCAUCGCUUGCCAUUGACUCUGCUACUGUAGCUACACAAUUGCAAGGAUGGAUGAUCUUUAUGAUGAGUUUGGUAACUUUAUCGGCGAGGAUGUAGAGUCUGAGGUGGCCACUGAAGCUGGCGUCGAUGCUGGCGACUACGUAUACGAUGAUGAGCCUGAAGAGACAUCACAAGAGCGUGGGCAAGAGCUCAUGGAGAUCGAUGAUGAACCAUCCAAUGCCAUUAUCCUCCACGAAGACAAACAAUACUACCCGACUGCCGAACAAGUAUAUGGAGUUGAAGUCGAGACUCGUGUGGAAGAAGUCGAUGCGCAGCCGUUGUCCGAGCCCAUCGUGGCGCCGAUCCAGCAGAAGAAGUUUACCAUUGAGGAGGCCGACUUGCCCCCCGUUUUCUUUGAGCGCGAGUUCAUGACCGACCUGAUGAACUUCCCGGAGCAGACUCGAAACGUUGCGCUGGCCGGUCAUUUGCAUCACGGAAAGACGGCCUUUAUGGACAUGCUUGUCCUCGAAACCCACGAUAUCCAAGACAGACUUGACCGCAGAGUCGGCAAGAAGCGCGAUGAGACGAUGCGAUAUACCGAUGUCCAUAUACUGGAGCGUGACCGAGGUGUCUCUAUCAAGUCAGCCCCCAUGAGCCUUGUCUUGCCCAGCUCCAAGGGCAAGUCUCAUCUGAUCAACUUGAUCGACACACCCGGCCACGUCAACUUUGUCGACGAAGUGGCAGCAGCCUCUCGCCUGGUUGACGGUAUCUGUUUGGUUGUUGAUGUCGUCGAAGGUGUUCAAAUCAACACAGAACAAAUCAUCAAGCACGCUGCGCUCCAAGAUAUCCCCCUCACACUCAUUAUCAACAAGCUGGAUCGCCUUAUUCUGGAACUGAGAUUGCCACCCAAGGAUGCCUACUUCAAGCUCAAGCAUGUGGUAGAAGAAGUUAAUACCGUUAUUGCCGAUACAGUCCCAGCGACAGCAGCAUCGAAGCGCAUAAGCCCCGAAAAAGGAAACGUCUUAUUCGCUUGCGCCGACAUGGGCUGGUGCUUCACCCUCCAGUCCUUCGCCAAGAUGUACAGCGAUACAUACGGCGACAUCAAAACGGAAGAACUGGCCAAGCGAUUCUGGGGUGACGUGUAUUUCAACCCCAAUAAGCGAUCAUUUACGAGAAAGCCCCUUGAGGACCGCUCGGCGCGAUCCUUUGUUCAUUUCGUUCUCGAACCGAUAUAUAAGAUCUUUACCCAUUCCAUCAGCGACAGCCCCGAGGAUCUUAAGCCUGUUCUGGCGUCUCUAGGCAUCCAGCUGAAGCCAGCGCAGUACAAGGCAGACGCUCAUGUCAUCCUGAAGCUUGUCUGCGAGCAAUUCUUUGGCGGAUCCACGGGCUUCGUCGACAUGAUUGUCCAGCAUAUCCCGUCGCCAAUUGCGUCAGCUGAGCAUUGGCUUGAGCGCUUUUACACUGGACCUCUCGAUUCAAAGCUCGCAGCUUCCAUGAAGGCUUGCGACCAGGAUGGCCCCCUUGUCAUUCACAUUGCCAAGCUCUUCAACACGUCCGACGCCAAGGGCUUCUACUCCUUUGGCCGAGUGCUGAGUGGUACAGCGAAGCCUGGAAUGCAAGUGCGCGUUCUCGGUGAAGGAUAUUCAUUAGAUGACGAAGAAGAUAUGGUCAUGGCAACAAUAAGCGAUGUCUUCAUCGCCGAGACCCGAUACAACAUUCCCACAGACGGUGUCCCUGCCGGCAACAUGGUACUUCUCGGUGGUGUCGACAAUUCUAUUGUCAAGACCGCCACUAUUGUGCCCCCCAAGCCUGAUGACGACGAGGACGUCUAUAUCUUCCGCCCCAUCAACCAUUUUACACAAUCCGUUCUCAAGGUUGCCGUGGAGCCCAUCAACCCCUCCGAGUUACCCAAGAUGCUUGACGGUCUGCGCAAGGUGCAGAAGUCGUACCCGCUGCUCAACACCAAAGUCGAGGAGUCUGGUGAGCAUAUCGUCCUAGGCACCGGUGAGCUCUACAUGGACUGCGUGCUGCACGACUUGCGCAAGCUGUACGCCGAUAUGGACAUCAAGGUUUCGGACCCUGUUACCCGGUUCUGCGAGACUGUUGUUGAGACGUCAGCCACCAAGUGCUAUGCCAUCACACCAAACAAGAAGAACAAGAUUACCAUGGUUGCAGAGCAACUGGAAAAGGGCAUUUCGACAGAUAUCGAAAGCGGAGUUGUCAAGAUCCGCGACCCUGCUAGACAAACAGCAAAGUACUUUGAGGAGAACCACGGGUGGGACAAGCUUGCUGCCCGCAGCAUCUGGGCAUUUGGUCCAGAAGAUGCUGGUCCCAAUAUCCUUCAAGACGAUACUCUUCCCACUGAGGUCGACAAAGCGCAGCUUCGUCAAGUAAGAGAAUCUAUCCGCCAAGGCUUCAGCUGGGCUACUCGUGAAGGCCCUCUAUGCGAAGAGCCUAUCCGCAACACAAAAUUCAAAAUCACCGACGUCAUGCUCGCCGACCAGGCUAUCUUCCGCGGUGGUGGUCAAAUCAUCCCCACCUCCCGCCGUGCAUGCUACUCCUCGUUCCUCAUGGCAUCGCCACGCCUCAUGGAGCCCCUCUACUCCGUCUCCGUCACUGGACCCGUAGACUCACAGAUGGAAGUAUACAACAUUCUCGCGCGCCGUCGUGGCCAUGUCCUUUCCGACGGCCCCGUUGCCGGCACGCCGCUGUACCGCGUCAACGGCCUGAUCCCCGUCAUUGACAGUUUCGGCUUUGAGACGGACCUCCGUAUCCGUACCCAGGGCAGCUCCAUGGUCAGUUUGGUCUUUGAUAGCUGGAGUAUUGUCCCUGGAGACCCUCUGGACCGCGAGCAGAUCAUCCGCCCCUUGCAGCCGGCGACGGCGCAGACUACUGCUAGAGACUUUGUCCUCAAGACAAGGCGACGAAAGGGUCUGAGCGAGGAUGUUAGUGUUAAGACGUUCUUGGAGCCUGAGUUUUACCAGAGCUUGAUGGAGAGCGGUAUGCUGGGCGACAUGUAAGCUAGUUGGCGAUUUAUAAACAAAAAUGGGAUUUGUAAUUACAAAACGAUGUUUGGCGUCUUAUGGAAUCAGAAAUAUUUUCAGUAAUCCUUCUUCAUCAUUGACAUUAUUUAGUUGGGUUUGUGAUAUGAGAUGACUAGUUCUUGGUGAUAUGUUCAUAAAUUCAUAGACUUUCAAGCGUUAAAUGUACAUGCUAUAUAACUUGAGCCUGUGGUAAAGGGUAUAUCUGACUCGCAUCCCGCCACCAUACUAAACACACGUCUCGAGCAUCUUAUCGAGAACACCUCGCAGGUUGUCGUUUUCGAGGGCAGCAGCGACGCGCUCCUUGUCAGCAAGUUGCUUGUUCACUUGGUCGUCUUGUGUGUGGCUGUUCUCCUUACACUUGACGUCCACGCGGUAGUUUGGCGGCAGUGUCUGCUCAAGGCGAACUCGAACAGCGAGACCCAACACAGUGGCUAGAGAGCAAUGUGUAAUGGUUGGUGUGAUUUCUACAAAUACAUUGACAAUUGUAUUGGGCGAUGGCAUGCCAAGUGCGGGGGCGGGUGUGAUCUUGAUGUCGGGCAGGUUGAUGACAGACAGCUGGCCGAGUGAGACGGGGUGUUCGGGAUCGGUAAUGGUAUAGAUUAGAUCUGUAGUGUACGAGUAUUAGUAACUGUUAUUCUCCCAUACAUUCGAGUAUGGCAGAACAGAUGCAGGUGUGACGUACCGUAAAUCUCUUGCUCGUCAAUAGGUUCUGGGCCAGCCUCGGCGGGAGAAUCGCUGCCGCUCGACGGCCACAGCGUGUACUCAUCACAGUACGGUUCUGAGAGAUAGGACGGCUUGGAGAAGAUUAGGUCUGCAUAUUUGGAAUCAGGGCCCUUGCGAGGGGCUGCUCGAGACUGUCGCGUGGGCAGCUGGGAUGCGCUGAGGAUGGUGGGGUUGGCGUUGUCGAGUGCGGCGGCCAUGACGGGCGCGGGGUUCGGUGCACACGGAGAUGCACUGUGAAACUGAGAUUAAACGAAGACUGUUAUGAAGCGAACGGGGUUUCUGCGGUGCGAGUUGAAGAGAUGCCGAUGCCGAUGCAGUGACGUCGGGAAUAGAGAUAUCUGAGUUUUGGUGCGCGCUGCCGGAUGGAGGGGCGAUAACGGACGCCGCGGGUCUUAGUUUUUGCGGCACUCGCUGGGCCAGACUCACGUCAGCAGUUUCUGUGUUGCUGUGAUCGACUCCCAAUGCGGAAAGCGAUGAAACGGAGGUUUGGCAAUUCUCCCUUUUGGCAACUCAUUUCUAAAUACCCCAUGGCACAUAUUUGGUGCAUAUUAUUGCUGCCUAUAGCGGAGCGUCCCCAGUGUCAGAUCUCCCAAUGGUGCAUGGUGGUAGUGCUGGCCACCACUUACCCAGGGGCUUCAGAUUGGCGCGCUUCGAGUCGGCCCCAGUGGUGCUGACAGCCGCGCCGAUGGCAUCUGCAUAAGAUGCAGCCUUUGCAAGCCAAGCACGCAGGCAGCAGGAUUAAUUCUAGUCGUUAGACUAAUCCCCGUAGUCCAAUACUCGGCUGCACCGAUUAAAGCCAGUCAGCACUGUCGGUCCGCGCCGUCAUGGUCUUGGAUGGUGUGUUACAUCAUCGUGAGUGAUCUGGGUAGCAGAGGACCAGCGGGAGGGUUGUAUGCUAGAUCAGAUGCACCACGUCUCUGGUUGGUGGCAUAAUUGUGAAUUCCAUGGGGUCUUUCCGACAUCGACUAGGGCCGAGCAGACUCUGUUCGAUCCGUCUGUUGGCUUACAUGGUCAGCCAACGCGGGAUCCUCCCUGCCUUGCCGCAUAACAGCGCCUUAGCCCUAGUUGCCUGCUCGCUAUGAUGACCUGGAAACAAAGGCUGUCUUAAGCUGUUUGUGUUGAAAAGAAAUCCCCGGCUCUGCAUAGAAACUCUCCGGAAAGCGUCCAGCUCGUAUCCUGGCAAAGCAGAGGCGGCCCAGGAGCACACACACUGCCCUGGUAAGUGCGUGGAUGGCUCCAUUAGACUCCGCUACAACGUAACACGUUGAACCGUCCUUGCAUCCGUAUCCACAGCCUUUUCUUAGGAGCCUCUUAGAUAGCCUCUGUAUCAAGCCCAAGUGUAUCUACUUCGUAGCCGUCACCGCUGGGAUUUGGUGCUAUGACCUCUUGUACUGUGCAAGGACUUGUGUUCGACUUUGGUUCGCUGGCGUACGGUCUAGUUGGCUUUCAUGUCGCGAGUGAAAGACAACCCUCCGCCGCACUUAAACGUUAUCCCAGCGGUGACUUCUCGGUCGAAACUUAACCAUUUUCGCCACUGAUAACCGCACUCACCAAGGUACACUUGGACCAUUUGCACAUGCGCAAAUACAAACCAACUCGUAGCCUAGUGUCUGUGAUUUUGUCUCCUAAAACAUUUCUAAUCCAUGGUGACUCUGGAUCCUGAUCGAUUCGCCGCGUUGGCUAGCCUGUUUGACCGAUCAGCUCUUUUUGCCUCGGUUUACUGCUUAGCGCCACGCUAGGCGCCUUAGUUUUUUUUAUGGCGCCCUGUUGCAAAAUCGCAUGGCCGCUUGAAACCGAACGUGGCGAUCGAGGUUACUGGAGAAGCUGUGGCUCUAAACAGUCCAGACAAUUGCGGAUCGGGUGGAUUUGAUUUUGAGACUUGUUCACUGAUUCCAAAUUCCCGUCGGAACCUGGACAGGCCUAGAGCACAGCUGGAGGAACGGCUUUUCUAGGUUGGCGUUGUAAGUACCAUUUGGAUCACUCAAACCGAACUCCCAACGCUAGCGUAGGGUCCUGCGUACUCCCACACGGCUUCUGGUCUGGUUGCUGACUACCUCGUUGGUGACGGCGGUGCGUACUGGUUCCUCCAAUAGGGCUAGUCGGCGCCCUGACCAACAGCAGAAUAGCGCCGAGGUCGUGCCUUUGACAUCAUCUGGCGUUGGUGGAGAAAUGCGCAUCUUCCCCAAUCUUAGGCGAGCAAAGGCACUUUCGGUGACCAGUUCGAGAACAUCGAGAUAACUGUACCCUGGCUGGCAAGGAGCCCCUCCACCUUCAGGCGAGUCUCAUGACGCUUUUGAAACACCAUUGGUACUUUGGAGGCUGAAUUCAGCCACCUGCCCACUAUACAUUAGUCUUAUGAUGCAGAUCCGGUACCACGAGCGAGCUGUAGCCUUUUGUGUUUGUAGGACAAAGCGGCAGAAGAGAGGAUUCGGAGGUGACGAAAGCGUGGCCGUCGCACCAAGCACCCUCGGUAAAACAAUGAUGUUGCAAGUCCGACCUCGUAACAGCAUAGCACAAUGUAGAUCCGCAUAGUUUGAUAUGUCACCCCAG